AGUCAUGUUGCGUGUUGUGGUGGAGUCUGCUUUGGGUCUUCCUAAAAAGAAGCUCGGCAGUCCGGACCCCAUCACAUCUGUGGUGUUUAAAGGUGAAAAGAAGAAAACUCAGUCCAUCAGCAAUGAAAUUAAUCCUGUCUGGAAUGAGACACUUGAAUUUGACUUAAAGGGUUCCCCUCUUGAUUCCUCCUCUUUCAUUGAUGUAACUGUAAAAGACUUUGAGACUCUUGGAAAAGACAAGUUUAUCGGCUCUGCAAAAGUCUACUUGAAAGACCUUGCAAGCGGUCAAGUGAGGUCUCUCCCUUCAAAAAAUUUGGCUUUAGUCAAUGAAAGUGGGCAAAAUAUUGGAGCCACGAUUGAUCUGGUAAUUGGUUAUGAACCGCCAGCUAAUGCUUCUCCGAACUCAAAUGAUCAACAAGAUGGCGGUAUGGCAGGAAAUGCAGAUGGAGAUGAAGAUACCACUGAUACAGGGGGUCUACCAUCUCCUGCUCAGCCAGGCCAAAAAUCUCAGUGGAGGACCAGAAAACAACACCCUUUAUCCAACAAACCGCAGGACUUCCAGAUCCGGGUCCGGAUCAUCGAGGGGCGUCAGUUGUGUGGAAACAACAUAAAGCCUGUUGUGAAAGCACAUGUUUGUGGAGAGACUCACAGAACUCGCAUCAAAAGAGGAAAUAACCCCUUCUUUGAUGAGAUGUUCUUCUACAAUGUCCACAUGCUACCAUCAGAACUUUUUGAUCAACAUGUCAGCAUUCGGGUGUACAACUCUUCAUCACUGAGGGCUGACAGUCUUAUGGGAGAAUUUAAGAUUGAUGUUGGCUACAUCUACGACGAACCAGCUCACUGUAUCAUGAGGAAAUGGCUGCUUUUAAGUGACCCUGAUGACUCAAGUUCUGGAGCAAAGGGCUACCUGAAAGUCAGCAUGUUCAUCAUAGGGACCGGGGACAAUCCUCCGGUGGAAAAGAGAGAGCAGGACAGUGAUAUUGAUGAUGUAGAGAGUAACCUUCUGCUGCCAGCUGGAGUCGCACUGAGAUGGAUGACGCUGCAUCUCAAAGUGUUUCGUGCCGAGGACAUCCCCCAAAUGGAUGACUCCAUCACUCAGUCUUUGAAAGAGGCAUUUGGAGGAGAAAGCAAUAAAAAGAAUCUAGUAGAUCCGUUCUUCGAGGCUUGGUUCGCUGGGAAGAAGCUAUGUACAAAAGUACUUGAGAAAAAUGCAAACCCUGAAUGGAACCAGGUGCUUAAUCUUCAGUUUAAGUUUCCGUCUAUGUGUGAGCGGAUCAAACUGACUGUAUUCGAUUGGGAUCGCCUCACAAGAAAUGAUGCCAUAGGCACUACAUACCUGAAUCUGACCUCAAUAGCGUCUUCUGGUGGUGAAGUCGAAGGAGAAACUGGAAAGUCUGAGGUUGGCUUUCUGCCUGCAUUUGGCCCAAGCUACAUUAACCUUUAUGGCAGCCCAAGGGAGUUUACACGUUUAAUUGAUCCUUAUGAAGACCUUAACUAUGGAAAGGGUGAAGGGGCAGCCUACAGAGGACGGAUUCUUGUUGAGGUUUCCACUAAGCUUGAUGGAAAGACAGAGAAGGAUGUGGAGGCCAUAUCAAAUGACGACAUCUUGGUCGCUCAGAAAUACCAGCGAAGGAGGAAGUACUGCCUGUGUGCUGUGUUCCACAGUGCCACCAUGAUACAAGAGCCCGGAGAGCCUAUUCAGUUUGAAGUUAGCAUUGGGAACUAUGGCAAUAAACUGGACUGUACAUGCAAACCUCUCGCUUCAACCACUCAAUACAGCUGUGCCAUGUUUGAUGGUAAUCAGUACUAUUACUUGCCCUGGGCUGACACAAAGCCUGUUGUUGCUGUGAUGUCAUUUUGGGAGGAUAUCAGUCAUCGCUUAGAUGCUCUUAACAUCAUUCUUCACAUUGCAGACCGUUUGCAAAAUAACAUCACCGAGCUGGAAACUGCAGUACUGGCUAAAGUCCCAGACUUAGACCUUUAUGAGAUUCAGGACAAACUUUUUAGCCAGCUCAUAGAGGACAUCAGCAGCUUUAAACUCCCAGAUCUGGAGGGUAAUGCUAACCUCACAGCCCUGGAUAUCCAGAUUAAGAAGCUACGAGACAGCACCUUGCAGAGCAUCCUGACUGCAGCUGAGGACUCGUUAAAGGAGCGCCGUGACAUUACAGAGAAUAUGGUCACCAUUGAUAGCUGGCUGGACAAACUUAAAAAACUGUCUGUGGAGCCCCAGAACAGCAUGCCUGAUGUGAUUAUCUGGAUGUUGAGAGGAGAGAAACGGGUGGCCUACUGUCGCAUUCCAGCUCAUCAAGUUCUGUAUUCGGUGUACAGCGAGGAGGCGUGUGGCCAGUACUGUGGAAAAACCCAGACCAUCUUUCUAAACUACCCAAUGGACAAAAGCAAGAGUUCCAAGAUCCCUGCCCAAAUACGGGUGAAUAUUUGGCUGGGAUUAGCUGCAGUUGAGAAAAAGUUCAAUGCUUAUGCUGAAGGAACGUUCAAUGUUUUUGCAGAACUGUAUGAGAACCAGGCGAAAAUGUUGGGCAAGUGGGGUACUUCGGGUCUGCUGAGUCGUCAUAAGUUCUCUGACGUGACUGGUGAAGUGAAACUAAAGAAGGAAUAUUUUAUGCCCCCUCGAGGCUGGCAAUGGGAAGGUGACUGGUUCGUGGAUCCAGAGAAAAGUUUGCUAACAGAAGCGGAUGCAGGACACAGUGAGUUUUUGGAAGAAGUUUUUGAGAAUCAGAGCCGUUAUCCUGGAGGAGAGUGGACAGCAGCGUCAGAACAGUAUACAGAUGUGAAUGGAGAGAAGGUUCCUUCCCCAGAGGAGCUAGAGUGCCCUCCUGGAUGGAAAUGGAUGGAUGAGUGGACCUUUGAUGACAGAAGGGCAGUAGAUGAGCGCGGUUGGGAAUAUGGCAUCAUGAUUCCUCCUGAUGAUAAGCCUAGGUCUUGGGUGGCAGCUGAGAAAAUGUAUCAUGUCCACCGGCGUAAAAGAAGAAUCCGACCACGCAAAAAGAUGGCUGGUGGUGCCUCAGCCACUGAGAAAGCUGCAGUAGAUCCAGAAGGUUGGGAGUUUUCUUCUCUUAUUGGAUGGAAAUUCCACAAAAAGGAGCGUUCCACUGAUUCUUUCCGCCGACGCCGCUGGAGAAGGAAGAUGGAACCUUCAGACAGCAUCGGGGCUUCAGCCAUCUUUAAAUUAGAGGGGACACUGGGAAUGCAUAAGGAAGGAAAGGGGGAUGACAAGGGUUCAAAAUCAGAUGCCACUAACUUGUUUGGAGCCAAUACACCUAAUGUGUCAUGUACUUUUGACCGAGCCUAUGAAUACCACCUACGGGUCUAUGUUUACCAGGCCAGAAACCUGUUUGCCUUGGACAAAGAUAGUUUCUCAGAUCCAUAUGUGCAUGUGUCAUUUUUACACAUGAGCCAGACCACAGAAACAGUCAAGUCUAGCUUGAAUCCAACCUGGGAUCAAACUCUUAUUUUCAACAAAGUGCAAAUCUUUGGAGAUCCUCAAAUCCUUGCCCACAACCCACCUCAAGUUAUGUUGGAGAUAUUCGACAGUGACCAAGUGGGCAAAGAUGAGCUGUUGGGCAGGAGUAGCUGUCUGCCAUUAGUGAAACUGAACCCAGGCAUGGCUACAUCUCCUAAGCUUCUCUGGUGUCCUGUCAUGAACAAGGAAACGCCUGGUGGACAAAUACUAGUUUCUGCAGAGCUCAUUUUAAGGAACAAGGGAAAUGAGACUGAACUUCCCCUUGUCCCACCAAAGAGAGGAGACACACUAUACAUGGUGCCUCAGGGGAUUCGUCCUGUAGUGCAGCUCACUGCCAUAGAGAUUCUGGUAUGGGGUUUACGCAACAUGAAAACCUACCAGCUGGCACCAGUGGCCUCUCCGAGCUUGGUGGUGGAGUGUGGAGGUGAGAGGAUUCAGUCUGCUGUCAUCAAGAACAUGAAAAAGAGCCCCAACUUCCCUAAAAAUGUUCUUCAGUUGAAAGUGCUCUUGCCCAAAGAGGAGAUGUACACACCGCCAAUCGUGCUGAAAGUUGUUGAUCAUAGGCCAUUUGGGAGAAAGCCUGUAGUAGGCCAGUGCACCAUUGACUCGCUGGUAGAAUACAGAUGUGACCCAUAUAGCGCCGUGGCUGAAGUGGCUAUGUCAUCUAAAGUGGCUUUGAUGGCAGCUGCCCCUCAAGAACUCCGUAUAAACAUAGAGGAAAGGCCUCUUCUCGAAACACAGCAAGAGAAGGAGAAAGAGACGAUUGAUUGGUGGAGUAAGUUUUAUGCUUCACUUGGAGAAUAUGAGAAAUGUGGCCCAUACCUUCAGAAAGGAUAUGACACCCUGAAGGUGUUCAACUCUGAACUCGAAACUGUGCCUGACUAUAAAGGGCUGACUGAUUUUUGUAACACCUACAAACUCUACCGUGGAAAGAAUGACACCAGUGAGGACGAUCCCUCUGUAGUCGGGGAGUUUAAGGGAUCCUUCAAGCUCUACCCGCUCUCCGAUGACCCGUCCAUACCCGCACCUCCACCGCAGUUCAGUCAGCUUCCUGACAGCGGCCCUCAGGAGUGUAUUGUCAGGAUCUACGUAAUCAGAGCAUUUGACCUGCAACCCAAAGACAACAACGGUUUAUGUGAUCCAUACAUUAAGAUCACUUUGGGGAAGAAGACCAUCGAUGACAGAGACAAUUACAUACCAAAUACUAUAAGCCCAGUGUUUGGAAGAAUGUUUGAGAUGUCAUGCUUCCUGCCUCAAGACAAAGACAUGAAGAUCUCCAUUAAUGACUUUGAUCUUCUUACGCAUGAUGAGAAAGUUGGAGAGACAGUGAUUGACCUGGAGAACCGGUUACUUUCUCGUUUUGGGUCCUACUGUGGUCUGCCGCAGACUUAUUGCAUAUCUGGGACAAAUCAGUGGCGAGAUCAACUGAAGCCGUCACAGAUUCUUCAGAACUGUGCACUUCUGAAGGGAGUGUCUCCUCCUAGAUCUGAGGACAACGGGAACACCUUAAGUUUCAACGGCCAAGAAUAUCAGCUCUCUGACUUUGAGGCUAACAAAGAAAUUCACCAGCACCUGGGGCCACCAAGUGAACGCAUCGCACUACAUGUUCUCAGGACACAAGGCCUCAUUCCAGAGCAUGUGGAAACCAGAACACUCUACAGCACCUACCAACCCACUCUGUCUCAGGGAAGUCUUCAAAUGUGGGUUGAUAUUUUCCCCAAAAGCCUUGGACUUCCUGGACCUCCUUUUGAUAUUACCCCACGCAAGGCUAAAAAACAUGUGUUGCGCGUCAUUAUUUGGAACACAACUGAUGUCAUUUUGGAUGAAACCAGCAUCACUGGAGAGCAAAUGAGUGACAUCUAUGUGAAGGGGUGGAUGGCAGGAAAAGAGGACGACAAGCAAAAGACUGAUGUCCAUUACAGAUCUCUUGAUGGUGAUGGAAAUUUCAACUGGAGAUUUGUCUUUGAGUUCGAUUACCUGCCGGCUGAGCAACUGUGCCUAGUUUCCAAAAAGGAACAUUUUUGGAGUCUUGACAAAACAGAAUUUCGAAUUCCACCUCAGCUGAUCAUUCAGAUAUGGGACAACGAUAAAUUCUCCCUGGAUGAUUACCUUGGCACUGUUGAACUGUAUCUGCACAAUCUAAUCUCACCUGCUAAAGUACCUGAGAAAUGCAACCUGGACAUGCUGGAUAAUGUGCCACAAACAGCUCAGAAAUUUGACCUGUCCAAGUCCCUGUUUGCCCAGAAGUCAGUUAGAGGAUGGUGGCCCUGCUACAUUGAAAAAGAUGGAAAGAAGGAACUUGGUGGGAAAGUGGAGAUGACACUGGAGAUAGUGGAUGAGAAGGAGACAGAUGAGAGGCCAGCAGGAAAAGGCAGAGAUGAACCCAACAUGAAUCCCAAGCUCAACCCACCCAACCGACCUGAAACUUCCUUCUUCUGGUUCACCAACCCAUGCAAGACCUUGAAGUUCAUUGUGUGGCGGAGAUUCAAAUGGCUGUUUAUUGGCUUGAUUAUAUUGCUGAUAGUGCUGCUAUUUGUUGGAAUACUACUUUAUUCAUUGCCGAACUAUAUUUCAAUGAAAAUUGUGAAGCCACUUAAAUGAGAUGGACAUCUGCUGCGGAGACACCGGAGUGACAGCCUGCAAGAACAUACAUUUUGUCUUGUAACUGAUCCAAAGUAUUUUUAAGAAGCUGUGCUGAAAUACAUAGAGGAUAUUAUACAGUUGUGCGAAGAUAUGAAGUUUAUCAUCAGGUGGUGAACGUAUAUCAUGAGUGAGCGAAGCAAAUGAGUGAAAAUAUUUUCGGCAUGACAAGAUAAACUUCAUAUCUUCAUGCCACCAUGUAAUGCUCUUUUUAUUAUAUAGAAACAUCCACAAAAAAAACCCCAAAACACCGCAAGUUAAUCAAAAGAAUUUUAAUUUUUAACUGGUUCACCAUUUUGACAACGAGCGUCAAGUCAAUGGGAAAACACUGGGAGUGACGUCAUCGAUAUCCUCAUGAGUGAAGAUAUUGGAAAAUAUGUUAAUCAGGUCCAGGAUGUAUUUCAUAUGAAAAAUACGAGUUUUUCAACACAAGAAGAUAAACUUCAUGUGUUAUUUUCUUUUUAUUAUCCCCUUUGGACACAAGGAAAAAUGCUAUGGAACUUCAUGCUAUGGAACUUCAUGUGUACAAUUGUUACACAUUAUGUCUGAAGGAGUUAAAUAGACACAUUCACAAACAAAAACUACCCAAGUUAAUCCAGACAAUUCAUAGAUUUCCUCAUGAGUGAAGAUAUUGGGAAAUAUGUUACUCAAUGUCCCGAAUGUAGUUCGUGUGAAAAAUAUGAGUGGCGUAUUUUAUUUCUCAGUAAAACAAUCCUGUCAAUAUAAUAAAGUGUUUUACCUCACUCACUGCAGGUUAUUAUAUCGGAUUUUUCUUUCCCCAUGGGAUUGACACACGUGACACCAUCAUACUCACAACAAUGGGCUCUUUUAAUAGCAAUCAUAUUUUUUUUAGCAACUCUGGCACCUUUGCAGUAUAUUAAGUCACUUAAUCUGAACAUUCAAAAACUGGUAUAUAAAAAAAAUAAAUAAUGAAGCAUAUUUUAAAACUUUGAACCAAAAAUGACUAUUUUGGUCACAUUGUCAAUUUUUUUUCUUUAAUAAAUAGCAUCUUUAACAUGCCUUCCCUUAAACUGUAAUAAUAAAGAUAUCCAGGAAGGUGUUAAUUUCACUCUGUGUCCAUUCAUGACCACCUCAUUAUCUGAAGCAUCCAUUUUACUGUCAUUAUGAUAUACAACCCCAAGUCAGAAAAGGUUGGAACGGUGUGUUGAAAUUGAAAUUAAAACUGAAAACAAUGAUUUGUAAAUAAUCUUUGACUUGUAUUGCAUUUAAAACAACACAGCAGCACAUUAUUUGAUGUUUUACCUCAUGAAUUGUAUUGUUUUUUCAAAAUAAAGACAUUUCAAUUUUGAUUCUUGCAACACAUUUCAAAAAAUUGGGACAGGAAAGCAUUUACGAUUUUAUCAUGUUGCUAUUCCAUCUCGCAACACUUAAAAGAUGUUUCGGGACUGAAGACACCAAGUGAUUAAGUGUUUCAGGUGUUAUUUUGCCUCAUUCUUCCUGCAAACAGAUCUUAAAGUGUGCAACAGUAUGGGGUCGUCAUUAUCAUAUUUUUCAUUUCAAAAUUCUCCACACAUCCUCUCUUGGGGACAGAGGGGACAGGCACCCUCUUCUUCCACAGCCAUGCCUUUGUAAUGUGUGCAGAAUGUGGUUUUGCAUUGUCUUCUUGAAAUAUCCUUGGAAAAGAUGUCAUCUUGAAGGCAGUAAAUGUUGCUCCAAAACCUCAAAGUACUUUUCUGCAUUAAUGCUGCCAUCACAGAAAUGUAAGUUACCUUUGCCAAGGGCACUGGCAUAACCCCAGGCCAGUCAGACCCUGGCUUUUGGACUUGUUGCUGGUAACAGUCUGGAUGGUCCUUUUUCUCUUUGCUCCAGAGCACACUGUGUUGAUUUCUUCAGUAAAAAACUGGAAUACUGAUUCAUCUGAACACAAUCUAUGUUUCCACUGUUUGAUGGUCCAUCCUAGAUGCCUCUGAGCUCAGAGAAUUCGACGGCACUUCUGGAUACAGUUAACAUAAGGCUUCCUUUUUGCACAGUAAAGUUUUAACUGGCAUUUGUGGAUGUAAUUCCAUAUUGUAAUAUUUGACAAAGGUUUGCCAAAGUAAUCCUGAGCCCAUGUGGUUAUAUCAGCUAAAGAUGAAUGAUGGUUCUUGAUGCAGUGCCAUCUGAGGAAUCGGAGAUCACGGGUGUUCGGCUUAGGCUUGUGCCUUUGACCUUUAUGCACCAAAAUUCCUCCAGAUUCUUUGAACAGUUUAACAAUAUUAUGCACCAUAGAGAGUGAAAUAUCCAAAUCCCUUCAUAUCUUUCUUUGAGGAACAUUGUUUUUAAACACGUUAAUAAUUUUCUCAUGCAUUUGUUGACAAACUGGACAUCCUCGGCCCAUCUUUACUCCUCAAAGACCAGGCCUUUCCUGGAUACUGAUUUUGUUCCAAAUCAUGAAUACAGUCACCUGUUGGCAUCACCUGUUUCAAAUCACAUCAUUAUUUCAUUGUUGUACCUCAUUAUUAGACCUAAAUUGUCCCCAUCCCAACUUUUUUUGGAAUGUAUUGCAGGUCUGAAAUGCAGGAAUGGAUGUAUAUUAACAAAUGAAAUGAAGUUGACCAGAUGAAACAUGAACUAUCUUGGGUUCAUACUGUCUGCAAUGAAAUACAAGUCAAAGUAAAUUUAGUAAUCAUUGCUUUCUUUUUUAAUUUGCAUUUUCUAUACCAUCCCAACUUUUUCUUAUUUGGGGUUGUACAUGAUAAAACUACCUUUAUGAAUUUAGUAAACCAGUGGAGUUGUAACACAUGAAAUCACUUUGUGUUUUAAAACUGUUCUUUUUUUUUCUUCAAAAAUUCAGAAUCGAAACUCUCCCAAUGACCUGCAAAAUAUGGAUUAUUGUUGGCUUUAUGUCAGAUUUCAUGCUGGGAAAAAAAGGCAUCAAUUUUUUUUUUAUAACAGUACAUGAUAUUUUCUGGAAUAAAUAUUUAUAGAAAUCAUUUUCCAGCAACCUGUUCUGUAUAAUCACUUCUCCUGAGAGUGAAAUAAAGAUUUAAAUUCUAACAACA